AUGCAGUGCCCUUUCCCAAUCCCGGUAAACGAUCUGGACGAGAUUAGUUUCGUGUUUGCCGAGUCCACCGACAGUACAACACUACCCAAAGAUUUGUUCACUGGGGUCGCCAGGCAACCGGUGAACAAACACACAUUUCGCAUGUACCGUGUCCUCGGCAAAGGCGGUUUCGGUGAGGUGUGUGCCUGUCAAGUUCGCGCGACCGGCAAAUUGUAUGCUUGCAAAAAGUUGGAAAAGAAACGCAUGAAGAAGCGGCACGGGGAGAAUAUGGCGUUAACGGAAAAGCAAAUCUUGCAAAAAAUGAAUUCCCGUUUUGUGGUUAAUCUGGCGUACACGUUUGAGACGAAAGAUGCACUGUGCUUGGUACUGACAAUCAUGAACGGGGGCGAUUUGAAAUUUCACAUUCACAACAUGAAUUAUGCAACCGGUUUGGGUGAGAACCGGAGUCGGUUCUACGCGGCUGAAAUCGCUCUUGGAUUGGAACAUUUGCACUCGAAGCGAAUCGUCUAUCGGGACCUGAAGCCGGAAAAUAUUCUCAUCGAUGAUCAAGGACAUGUUCGAAUUUCCGAUCUCGGUUUGGCUGUGGAGAUUCCGCCCGGUGGUUCGGUCAAGGGACGUGUGGGCACAGCUGGCUACAUGGGUAAGUGUUUCCGAUCAGUUCAGUUUCAGUUCAUGCAAUCGAUCAGUGCUUUUUCUGGUCUAUAG